GCUGGGGGAGGGGUGCUGAGGCCGCAGCCGGCACUACUUCCCUGCGAGCAGCUUCAUUGUGUGCGCGAGGAACCGAGCGGCGGCGGCGAGGGAGCGAGCGGCGGCAGCCCGAGCGCGCCGGGGAGAGCGAGCGAGCGGGCGAGCGGGCGAGCGAGCGCGCCGGGGAGGGUGCGAGGCGGCGCGGCGCCGGCGGCCGCGCUCCGCCCGCCGCCCGCAACUCUGCCCCAGCGCCGCGCCGUGCGCGCCGUCCCGCCGCCGCCAGCGCCGGGUGCCGUCGCGGGCAGGGGUCUGGCCGGGACGGGGGUCCCUGCUGGGGGACUGGGGCAUCCCUGGCGCAGCCGGGAGGUGCGGCGGCGGGGUGGGGGCGCGCAGAUUGCACUGCGGCACCCGCCCGCGGAACGGCGCCGGUAGGCGGGCGGUGGGGUCCCCAGGCGCCCCGCUAGCAGCGUGCCCCGACUAAAUCCGGGGGACCCCUGACCCCCAGGGGCGCCCGGCGCGAGCGCUCCCCAGCCGCGCCGGACCCUGUGCUCCAUUCCCCUGCGCACCCCACUUCUGCACAAACUUUUUCUGACGCCCUCGCCCGUGGGGGUCGCGGAGAGCGCGCCGGGACUGCCCGCUGGGUGCGCGCCCCCGCCGGACCCGAGCCACGCUGACCUCCCGCCGCUCGUAGCCCUCAGUGGCGACCUCUCCAGGCCGGGCCGGGCACGGCACCCGCGGCGAGCGCGGCUACCCCGGUCGCUCUCCCGAGGCUCCCGCGCCCCCUGGGGCAGCCGGGCGGGGUAAUGCCCUCGGUGAUGGAGAAGCCGAGCGCGGGCUCCGGCAUCCUGUCCCGCAGCCGGGCCAAGACGGCGCCCAACGGCGGACAGCCCCACUCGGAGGAUGACAGCAGCGAGGAGGAGCACUCGCACGGUGACAUGAUCCGCGUCGGAACCAAUUACCAGGCGGUCAUUCCGGAGUGCAAGCCCGAGAGCCCGGCUCGCUAUAGCAACAAGGAGCUGAAGGGGAUGCUAGUGUGGUCGCCCAACCACUGCGUGUCAGAUGCCAAGCUCGACAAGUACAUUGCCAUGGCCAAGGAGAAGCACGGGUACAACAUUGAGCAGGCUCUGGGCAUGCUGCUGUGGCACAAGCACGAUGUGGAGAAGUCGCUGGCCGACCUGGCCAACUUCACCCCGUUCCCCGACGAGUGGACAGUGGAGGACAAGGUGCUGUUCGAGCAGGCUUUUGGCUUCCACGGCAAGUGCUUCCAGCGAAUCCAGCAGAUGCUGCCCGACAAGCUGAUUCCCAGCCUGGUGAAGUACUACUACUCCUGGAAGAAGACUCGCAGCCGAACCAGCGUGAUGGACAGGCAGGCGCGGCGGCUGGGGGGCCGCAAGGACAAGGAAGACAGUGAUGAGCUUGAAGACGGACGAGGAGCCGUGAGUGAGGGAGAGCCCGACGCUGGCGACCCCAAGAGAGAGCCUGUGCCCUCUCGGCCCCUAAAUGCCCGCCCGGGGCCUGGGAAGAAGGAGGUACAGGUGUCUCAGUACCGCCACCACCCUCUGCGCACCCGGCGGCGCCCACCCAAGGGCAUGUACCUGAGCCCCGAGGGCCUCACGGCCGUGUCAGGAAGUCCGGACCUGGCCAGCCUCACGCUCCGAGGGCUCGACUCGCAGCUCAUCUCCCUCAAGCGCCAGGUCCAGAGCAUGAAGCAGACCAACAGCAGCCUGCGCCAAGCCUUGGAGGGCGGCAUCGACCCGCUCCGCCCCCCGGAGGCCAACACCAAGUUCAACUCCCGCUGGACCACAGAUGAGCAGCUUUUGGCUGUGCAAGCCAUCCGGAGGUACGGCCGAGACUUCGGCGCUGUGGCGGAGGUGAUCGGGAACAAGACGCUGACACAGGUGAAGACGUUCUUCGUGAGCUACCGGCGUCGCUUCAACCUGGAGGAGGUGCUACAGGAAUGGGAGGCUGAGCAGGACGGGGCUCCUGGAGGGCCAGGCCCCGUGGAGGAGGCCAGGAGAGGGGCCCCCGCCCCGGCCCCUGCGCCCGCCCCCGCGCCGGCUCCAGAGGAAGACGACGAGGUCCAGAUCACAUCUGUGUCGACAUCUGUGCCCCGCGCCGUGCCCCCGGCACCACCCCCACCGCCACCGCCCACCUCGCUGUCGCAGCCGCCCCCGCUGCUAAGGCCGCCCCUGCCCACGGCUCCCACCCUGCUGCGCCAGCCCCCUCCACUGCAGCAGGGCCGCUUCCUCCAGCCCCGGCUGGCCCCCAACCAGCCCCCGCCACCUCUCAUCCGCCCUGCGCUGGCUGCCUCCCGCCACAGUGCCCGGCCUGGCCCUCAGCCUCCCCCAACCCUGAUCGGAGCCCCUCUGGAACCUCCAGCACCCUCACUCUGAGCCCUGGGGGUCUCCCUCUGCUGGACGUCCCUGGGCAUCUCUGAGGACAGACAGAAAGGACCAGGGCUCUUGCCAGGCCUUUCAAAGACCCAGCGCUGGGGUUGGCACAGCCUGGACCUGUGGGUUCUGCCUGUGUUCCUGGCAGCCGAGCCCGACUGCUUCCUGGCUGGGACUGGAUUCCCGGCUGCCGCCUGGCCUGCAGGGGCUUGGCCUUGUGCUCAGGGGCCGGUGACCUUAGUGUGUGGGAGAGAACAGUUUGGGGCAAUGGCUGUUCUCAUUCCCAUCCCUUUAGCAAUAAGUCUGGGGUGAGGCGGGAGGGCCGUGAGGGGGUGGGCGGGCAGAGGGGCUGGGCGGGGGCUCUGUCGCUCUCAGGGUGCCCACCGAGCUCACCCCCCACAAAGCUUGCAGAGGGGGGGGUAGGAACUUAUGCAGACAUGGGUUUAUUUUUCAACAUUUUUAAAAAAUAAUAAAACGAACCUCCCAA